AUGGCUCAUGUCAAUUCUAAUCCGCUACGACACUCCGACCUCUACAACAGAAUCGAGGACUGGAUCACUGAAUCAGAUGCCGCACAGAAUAGCUACGAAGCACAAGAUGCACGAAGCUCUCUACUCCACCCUCCUUCCUAUUACCUACAACCGGUGUCUUAUGCCUUUGACAAAGAUCGAUACGAUGAAAUAAUGAAGAGAAAUGCGGAACUUGAGAACAUGCCAACCCGUUUUGCUGAACGGCAACCAGGGUGGCUUGGAUGGGAGAAUUAUUACGCUCAAAGAGGAGUGGUCACUAUGUGUUAUCCCUCUGUGCAGCAACGACAGGCUCGUGUGGGUCAGAUGGCUUCACUCGAGCCAACAGAAUCCCAAAAGCCAGUUGCAUCAUCAACAGUAAAUGAUAUGGAAACAUCUUCAAACACCGAAAAAAGGGGACGGAACGGUUAUGAGCGGCAGCCUCGACACAGAACCAAGAAAGACCGAUAUGAGUACAAGGUUCAGAAUAAGAAGAGCAGCGAACGCCCCCGUUCGAAGAAGAGGACAAACAACGACAGCUUUCAUGCCCCCAACGUGCCCUGUGAUCGUCUUACUGCGAGUGGCCAUGCUACUACGCCUAAAGUGAGAGGGCUAAUACCAUCACAGCUGAAUCAAAGGCGCCCGAGCGGGAUCUUCAGAAGAGGAAAGGCAUCAUCUCCUGUCAGAACCCGCAGCCGCGAUCCGUCGCUCGACUUCUUCGGAUUUGAUACGAUUCUGAAUUCAGAAACCAAAGCUAGUGCUGGCUCUGGUUUCUCUGAAAGCGACUUUCUUCAUAGGAGCAAUACCAAUCAAGCUACCCUAAACGGCCCGACCUAUGGACACUUCGAGGAAGAAUGCGGUUCGAUCACAGGGGGGACCAUGUAUAAGAGUGUUGUCUCGGACACCGCCUCUCCAGUCGCCCUCUAUCGCUCACAAGAAUUACCCAAAGCAGACGACAUUGCCACCGAGCCCAAGGCAAUGACUGGCAUUUCAGAACCUGCUACAGACAGUUACGUGUCUGCUCUUGUUAACCCGCCAAGUAGAAAUUCUGAGGUGCACUGUGAAAAGGAACCAGGCUCCCAGUUGACUAGUCAUAAUAUAGUCGAUAAUACAAGCGUAGAUGAAGGCCAGCGGUGCUCCAUCAGACUUGAUGGAGUCUCUCAGAAGUGCAAGCAUCCCUGUGACGCCAUGAGGUUGGAUGAGCUCGCAGACAGAUCUGUUGAUGAAAACAAAGCAGACGACCAAGGGAUCAAGGAACGGGGAUUAGACAAGAAAGUUGUUGCAGCUCCUGUGCACGGCAAUACUAUCAGCCAAUUUGCCUUGCCCAAUGCCAGCAAGUGCUGGCAGCCAACCUUGGAGCCUGGCAGCACCUCCGUGGCUGAUACUGAGGAAUUUGAUUAUGAAGGAGCAAUGGGUGCCAAGCUCCGAAAAACAAUCACACCAGACUACGACCUAACCUCCCGGUUCCUGAACAAUGGCAGCAGGGAUAAGUCGUCCUUGAUGUCCGAUGUCGACAAUCGUGGCGAAAACGUGCAGGGUCAUCAGAGCCAAAUUAGACAGAUGAUCGAGGAACCAGAUUAUGAGAGCUUGGACUUUGCAGGUGUGCCUGAAGCCAAUGACUGCUGUUCAGAGAUGGCGAGUUUGAUUGACAUGGAGGAGUGGGAGAUAGCAUCUGUCAUUGUUGAUAUGGAUACAGAGCUUGACACCCAGGUCUUGAGUAUGCCAACCUCGAGUGCAGCCAUCUGCAAUAAAACACAAGAAAUACAGGAACGCCUCGAGGCCACACAGCUUGGCAGAAAUAUUCAGGGAAAACAGCCGCACCAUAUCUGUGAGGCAAUGCUUGAGGAAUCCUUAAUUGCCUUGUCUUCUCCCGACAACAUGCGAGAAACCUCAUCAGCCGCCAAAGGCAGCCAGGUGAGAAACGAAUGCCAGCGGUCAGAACAUGAUAAAUUGGUAGCAUCAGAAGCCACGAAUAUCUUCCAUCCGGGGCCCUGGCUGGAGUCGCUGUCACGACGAAGGCGUGGGGUUAUUGGAAUACUGAAUGGUCACUUGGACGCCACUGAUGGGCUUGGGACAUUUUGGCAGCAAAGAAUGGGCUACUGAUAGAUGUCUGUUUGGGGCUGUUAUUGCUCACUUGCUUUAUUGGCCGGUUUUGUGUUGUUAUUGCUGAAUACCCGACGUGAUGAUAUUCUUCACAUAUGCCAGAUGUUGCAGACCCUUUAGGAUACACAAUAUACCCCUUUGCUGUUGCUCAUCCAACACGCCUAGCCCACCGUCGGCCCCGGUAGCACAGAUGGGUGCCAGAUCGAUUAACCAUGCAAUAAUUGAGAGACGAUAACUAAUCCGGCUGGUU